AUGCUUCCGGCGCACGACCUGGAUGCUGGAGAAGGCACGGACCUAGACGACGAGAGCCCAUCGGAGGCAUCUGCCGGCUCGAGAAGCCACCGCCGUCGCUUGUCGGAGGUCUCCUCCAACGUUUCAUCGAUCCACCUACCGGAGUCCGAAAGCCCGGAGGUCGUUCCUCAGAUGUUCUCCCCUGCGACCAGCAGAGAAGUCCUCAGUGUCGUGACCUGGGCGGACCUCUUGGAUGAUCCCUCCGAGAUGGCAGCUCAGGCUGCAACCAGCACCACCUCUAUCUGGCAGACGAGCAGCAGCCAGGACGCGGCACCUAUGUCUGCAGAGGCCUUCGCGGCAUUCGUCCGCUCCUCGACGACCGCAGCCUGCACUGGUGUCGGCGCGGGACGCGCCUUGCAGCUACCGACCGGGGUAGUUGGCAAAGACCUGCCAAUCGACGACCUGGCAUCCACUGACGCAGCGUCGAGCGGCUCCGUAACGACGGGCCACUCCUCGCCUAUCGAGCCGGUUUCAAACCGCGCGGUCACCAUCAAUGAUCUUGGCCUUGGUUUUGGACUUACACCGUCCUGCGGGGGCGGUGGGGUAGCGUGGCUUCCGCAAAAUCCCUGGCACCAGACCUGGCCUAGUGGGGCCCCACCUGCGGCAUCUGUGUGCCAGGGUGCCCGGCCCCAUUCUGAGCCAGGUGCCAGGGUCCUCGAUCCUGGACUCAAGAGUCGAUGA